AUGCUCACUGUUCUUCCCGUCAUUGGCCCAGCCCCGCCACCUGAACCUGUCGGAGUUUUUGCAGAGGCUCUUCAACUUCACGAGCAACUUCGCCAGCAGAUGGAUCUGGAAGCCGCGGAGAAGGCCAUUGAAUUAUUCGAAUCGCUUUUGAAGCGUAUACCUCAGGACUCGUCAGGGUGUCGAAGCAAGGCAACCGAAGACGACGAUUAUUCAGGUGAAAGGCAGCAAUAUCAUAUCCUAGGGCAUCUGAGCGACACGUUUCUAUCACAAUUCUCAUACACCCGUAACCAAGCCGACCUAGCGCAGGCUGUGGAGCGCGGUCGAGAAGCUUUCGAAUUUUGCCUUGCAAAGGAGAUGACAUGUCCAACCGUGUUAACGCUCUACGCGCAUGUUCUCGACACAAAUGCGGACAAAGUUUCUCGUCUGGGAGAGCGAGAAGUUGCUGAAUCGUUGUGCCGUCUCGCUAUUUCACUCUUCGACCCAAGGCAUCCGUUCAAGAUUACCGCCCGUUUGUAUCUUGGAUGGAUUCUCCUACGACGCUUCGAAACAACUGGCUACCGAGCAUACGUUGACGAGGCAAUCGAUAUCCAGCGCCAGACGUUGCUCGAGAUACCCUCAUCCGAUGGCCACGUGAGGCAUUUGCACCUUCAUGCUUUAGGCUGGUUUCUACUUCGUCUUCAUGAGUCCUCCAAUGAUUCUCACGAUAUGGAGGAAUCUGUCGCCUGCUUCGAAAGCUCCUUACAGGUUUGCCCUCCUACCCACAUCAACCGAAGGAUUCUGUUCGGCGAUCUGCUUGGAGCAUUGUACAGCAAAUGUUUCUCAUACGGUAGCCUCGAGGACCUAGAUAGAGCCGUCGAUCUCGGCAAACUCGCCAUUGAAACGGAUCGUUCCAACGGUCGGCCACGAACCGCCACCAUGAACACAGUGGCAAGUCUCCUCAACCUUCGUCAUCAACUCACGCUAUCAGACGGACGCGACAUAGAGCACGCGCUCGAGCUGCGCCGACAAGCCGUUGAGCUUUCGAAUCCCCACUCUAGAAACUACUGGAUAGACCUCGUCAAUCUAGCAUCGACUCUGAGCCUGAGAUUCUCCUGGAUAGGGGAAUCGGUAGACCUGGAGGAAGCCAUCCGAUUCACCCGACAAGCUGCAGAUGCCAUACAUAGCGAUCAUCCCGUUCGAUACUACCCUGCUCGUCAAAUGGCGAACGUGCUUAUACUUCGAUUUGCCGAGACCGGAGAAAUCGCUGACCUAAACGAAGCGCUGGACUGGAGUCGCACCGCUAUGGCUGCCAUCUCACCCUCCCAAGCGCACUAUAGCGGUGUCGCCUUGGAUAUGGUUGCCCAUCUCUGCACACGCUUCGAACGCCUUUGUACUCCGAAUGAUCUCGAGGAAGCCAUAUCUCUAUCGGAAGAUUUGUUGCGCAGAGCGCGCGCCAGUAGCGCCCAUAAACCGGACGGAUCAUAUUCCCUAUCAAAGGCGCUUCUGCUCCGCUCUCAGCACGAUGGCAAUCUUCCGGAUGUCGAGCGUGCAAUUCAGGAGUUAGAGCCUGUCGUCUCGCAAUAUUCAGAGCGCUCGGCUGGGCCGGAAUUUGCGCGCACGCUUGCCCGAUGCUUCUCGACUCGUUUUCGCCUAACUCGGGAUGCCGAUGAUGCACAUCGCGCAUUGGGAAUCAUGAACCAGCUUCUCAAGGCCGUACCUCCCGGUCUCCGCGAGAGGUUCCAGUGCCUGGUAGAUAUCGCCGAACUCUACAUGCAGCGCGAUGCACCCUACUAUAAUCUCUCAAUCGCGUUGGAUCAUCUUAUGCAAGCACUGAUAGAUGAUGAUAGAGAUGUUCGUUCGCGGCUCCAAGGUGCUGCCGACAUGCUCGAGGUGCUUCAAACACAUCAUCAAGACACGCUCAUGGGGGAUCGCGGGAUGCUAUCACGACUCCUCGAUAUUUACAUACAGACGAUCAGCCUGCUCCAGCGGGUCGCGUAUUUUGGCGUUCACUUGCAUUCUCGACUCCGGUCGCUCAAGGCCGCACAGAACGUGGCCCUCCGAGGCGCAUCAAUUGCGUUGGUCCUAUGUCUUCCCCACAAGUCCCUCGAGAUUCUCGAGCAAGGUCGUGCGAUUUUCUGGACCCAUAGCCUGCGUUUACGUUCUCCAUUCGACGUCGUUCCCGAGGAUCUCCGAGAUCGCCUCUCGACUCUCGCACUGCAAUUGGACUCCGCCGCCCAUGCGUCCCAUUCCGCAGAUGAUCCCCGCAUACUAGAGGUUGAGAUUGCUCAGCGGAGGCGGCAAACCGAGGAAUUCGACUCGCUCUUGAGACAAGUCCGCGGUCUACCUGGCCUGGAAAGGUUUCUGAUGCACGACGAAUUUGCGGCGCUAACAAAGGCGGCGGAAAGAGGGCCCGUCGUCGUGUUGGUUUCUAGCACGGUGGCAUGCCAUGCUAUCAUUAUCAAGCGUCCCGAUGACGCUACAAGCAUCCCCAUCGACCGGUUACCCUCCGCUUGGCUCGCUGAGUCGGGGAUAGCAUGGAGAUCUGCUAUGGAAGAUGCGAGAGCUGACCUUGGUGGUCGUCUGAAAGUAGCAAAGCCGGCAAAGCGACACACACCGGAAAGCGCGAAAGGGGCCGAGAUUCUGCGCAGGCUGUGGGUGGACGCAGUGAAGCCAAUCCUCGAUGUUUUGGGGAUCCGGCCUUCGGUGGGUCGAAACCGGCCGCGAAUAUGGUGGUGUCCAACUGGACAUUUUGUUCACCUCCCCAUCCACGGGGCGGGCGCCAACGGAACCUGGUGCUCUGACUACGUCGUUUCCUCCUAUAUCCCGACGCUCAGCUCCCUUCGUACCACUAGGGCGAAUUACGAACCGAUUCACAAACAAGACAUCCGAGCGCUGGUGGCCUCAGUUCGCCGCUCGCGCAUGCUCGAGUGGAGCGAGCUCCCCUCCACCCGCAAGGAAGUCGAAACGGUCCGAUCGGCGCUGCCUGAAGAAGCACUGAUAGAGCUGCCUAGAGGGGACGAUGCUUCGAGUGAUGACGCCGGGGACGGAAUAGCGGCAGAGACGCUGCUCAAAUUGCUGCCCCAAGACAUGAUCGACGCAGGCGAUACCACCCGGCACUUGUUGCGACUGUCUGAGGGAAAAGAGAUCUCGCUCGACCUCGAACAGCUGACACUGGACGCCUUCAUCUCCACAAGUGCCAUCGGCUUCGCGAAUACGUUCCUCCUUCAGAGCAAGUCGCUGACUUUGUUUCAAUUUGUCGAUCACGGAUAUGGGGGGGAAGGAGGUUGCAUCGACUUCACCAAUAGUCCCGCUCUCGCCACGAUCACAUACGAUCUACGUUACCGGCACGACCAAUCGCUCGACUCUCUCUCGCGGCUCCGUCAUUCUUUUGCCACGAUCACGUCCGCGGUCUUUGAGUCUCUGACUCUCAAGGUAUCCUUCACGCUCAAUGACACGCCGUCAAACCAAAUACGCGACUUCCUUACAGCGCUCCAAGCAUCCCUCCGCGCCAGCCCGGAGUUCGUCCGGCUCGCUCAACUGUAA